UUGAAAAACCAACCUUUAUCACAUGUUGAAGAUUUAGCCAGCAGUUUUGAAUCUUUAAAAAUAUCAAGACAAUCACCAUCUGUGUUUGAAUGUCAAUUGAAGCAGUUCACUCUGUGGUUUGAUGAAUGGUCUAUUCAAGCUUUUUAAUAAAUAAGAAGAUAAAUUCUCCUUCCAUAUUAUAACAAAAUGGCUUUACUAUCUGAAUGUGAUUUAGGAAAAGUUAACUCAGAUUUGCUGCGAAUAAUGCGACAGUGCAACAAAAGAGGACUGAGAAAUACUGUGUCUUGGGCAGCUGAACUAUAUCUAGCACUUAGCGAUUUUGAGAGCUCCGACUCUGAUUGUAUGGAAGAUGAUGACGAUGUCUUAGAUAAAAAGGAAUUUGCAAGAUAUUCACUAGCUAAAUCAUAUUUUGAUGCUCAAGAAUAUGAUCGAGCAGCUUAUUUUACUCAAAACUGCCAAUCUUCUGUUGCUAGAUUUUUACAUUUUUAUUCCAUCUAUUCAUCAGGUGAGAAAAAACGAUUAGACGAUAUUGCUGAUGUUUCUCCACCAAUGGAUAAAUCAAAAAAUACUGUUUUAAAAUCCUUAAGGCUACAGUUACAUAAGGCUUAUAUAGCUGGUUUGCUGGAUGGAUAUUGUUUAUAUCUUUAUGGUGUGGUUUUAAAAAAAUUACAGUUGGAAAAGUUUGCAGUUGAGAUUCUGACAGAAGCCAUUCGCAGAGAACCAUUUCAUUGGGGUGCAUGGUUGGAACUUGCUACUUUAAUAUCAGAUAGGGAAAUGUUAAAUGAUCUUACUUUACCUGAUUGCUGGAUAAAAGAUUUCUUUUUAGCUCAUACCUAUCUAGAAAUUCAAAUGAAUGAAUCAGCAUUGGAAAUUUAUUCCAAAUUAAUUGAAAUUGGGUUUUCAAAAAGUACCUAUGUCAUGGCCCAAAUUGCCAUAGCAUAUCAUAAUAUGAGAGAUCUUGAAAAAGCAAUAAAUGGUUUCCAGGAAAUACUAAAAGUUGAUCCAUAUCGACUGGAUAACAUGGACAUCUAUUCCAAUUUAUUGUAUGUUCGAGAAAUGAGAGUUGAAUUAAGUAACCUGGCUCAUAAUACAUGUGACAUCGAUAAAUACAGAGUUGAAACGUGCUGUGUUAUAGGAAAUUUUUACAGUUUAAGGACACAACAUGAAAAAGCUGUUCUGUACUUCCAAAGAGCAUUGAAACUUAAUCCCAAUUACCUUUCUGCUUGGACAUUGAUGGGUCAUGAGUACAUGGAAAUGAAAAAUACCAGUUUUGCAAUUCAAGCCUAUAGACAAGCAAUUGAAGUUAACCGAAGAGAUUAUCGUGCUUGGUAUGGAUUAGGUCAAACAUAUGAGAUUUUAAAAAUGCCUUGCUAUUGCUUAUAUUAUUAUAAACAAGCACAACAACUUAGGCCAUAUGACUCUCGAAUGAUGGUAGCGUUAGGUGAAGCUUACGAAAAACUGGAUAAAUUGAAAGAAGCAAAAAAGUGCUUCUGGAAGGCUCAUGCUGUUGGUGAUAUAGAAGGUAUGGCUUUAAUUAAACUAGCCAAAAUGUAUGAAAAAUUAAACGAGGAGAAACAAGCUGCUGCUGCAUAUACUGAUUAUAUUCGUGAUGCAGAGGCCAGAAAUGCCACAGACCGGGAUGAAUUGUGUCAUGCAUAUUUAUACUUAGCCAAGUAUUAUUAUGAACAUCUGAAAUUAGAAGAAGCUCAUGAAAAUGCUCAAAAGUGUAUGGACUAUCCUGAAACCAAAGAAGAUGCAAAAACGCUUCUGAAGCAGAUCUCUGCCCUCAACAGAGGUCGUGCAGAAGAAAACAAAGGAGAUUCAUCUCAAUUUAGGUUCCAAAAUGCAGCAACACCAGGUGGACAUUUAUCACCAAUGAAUCUGACUUUUACUCCUUAACUCCAUAAAGUGUGUCACUGGAAUAUUUGUGUUUAUAUGAAAACUUCUUAUGAUUUAGAUGUUUGUGUAAAAUAAAUUAUCUAUUAAUGAUUAUUUAAUGUCAAAGAAAGGUUACUUUAAUAAAUUUAAUUUUGAAGUCUACUGCAUCCAUUCCAUGUUAAGAUAUCUAGUAAAAUCUUUAUACAGUUUUAAAAUAGUUAAUUAAAAUAUUUGUUCCCGUAAGUAUAGUUAUAUUUUUAACAUCAGCUCUUAUAAUAUUUUUAUUAAUAUGGCUUUUGAAACAAUAUUCAGAUCCUCAGAUUUUAUUAUUUGUUACAACAGUUAUUUGUAAUAAAUGAUUUUUGUAUAAAAUAUUGAACAUUUUUUAUGUCAUGAAAAUGUUUUGAAUGAUUUUAUAGCAUAAUGAAUUAAUGUGCACCUUUAUCUUCUAGAAAUCAAUACCAGUCAUUUUCAGUGCAUUUCUAAAGAAAUGUUUAGAAACUUCCUUUUAAUCUAAAGAUUUAAAAAAAAAAAAAUUCUUUAAUUUGACGAAAACAUAUGUUUCCGUGUUAUCAAAAUUCAAAAUAUUGGUAGACUUAUAUUAAAUAUAUGGUAGUCAACAAAGUUUUUUUCUAUAAUAAUUGUCACAUUUGGUAUACAUUUUAGAAUAUGCAUUUGUUAAUUGAAUGUUCUAAAGCAUUAUAAGAAAUUGUAUGAUGUAUCAGAUAUUUCAGUAAGCACGAAAUCAAGUUGUUCACCAUGAAUAUACAUUUUCAGUUUAUGCUUUCAUAGCAAAAUAUUGAAUACUUUUUUUAUGUAAAAACUUGUUUUGAAUCUUUACUAAUGAAUGACAACUAAUAAAUUUGAAACCUGUA